AAGCUGCUCAAGUUCUACGAGCUCAAGGCCUCAGGCACGCACUUCAACGUCUCGCUGGCGCGCAACCGACAACUGCGCAACCCGCACAUCUACGCCAAGCUCGUUAAGUGGGUCGACGUGGACGAGGGCGCCAGCUGCUAUCCGCAGCGCGCG